AUGACUUCCCACGCUGAGGCGGCUCCCCACCCUCUUCUGCCGGCCACUUCAGUCACGACAAUCCACGUCGAGCCGCGAUUCACGUCGCGACGGGAGCAACUACUGCAGGGCGUGAAGAAGGUGGAGAAUAUUCACAUCGAAGAGGAGCUGAAUUAUCAUGACAAAGAUCAUUCGAGGGCUCAUGGGCACUGGAGGGAGCCUGAGGAAAGCAAGGACAAAUCGGAACUCAUAAGAAACCGGACGCUGAGCAUUCGCAGGCGACGAGGCUCCCAUGAUGAGAAGCUUGUUGGGAAGUCGCGGAAGUUUCUGAUCGACGUCGAGGAGACGCAAAGACUGAUCUUGGCGCAGGAGGAUACAGACGGGGAUUUCCAGAUCACCGUUCAGGAUUCAGGGCCAAAGACGUUCCAGCUUGGGACUGCAAACUCGAGUGGAUACAGGAAAUACGAAAUCCGUGGGACGUAUAUGCUGUCAAAUCUCCUGCAAGAGCUUGCUUUGGCCGCGGAUUAUGGUCGGAAGUUCAUCGUGUUAGAUGAAGAGCGAUUGAACGAGAACCCUCUAGAUAGAUUGAGCCGUUUGAUUAAGUAUCACUUCUGGGAUGGUUUAACCAGGAGAAUCGAUGCCGAAGGUCUUGAGGUCAUCUGCAACGAUCCUAAGAAUAGGUCUCAUGAUCAACGACCCCGUGUCUACGUGCCAUAUCACGAUCAGCUGGCGAUGGACUACUACACAGAUGUUGCGAAAACGCGACCUCAUCUGAAUCUGGACAUCGUUCGUCUUCCAGAAAUCAUAACUCCACGAUAUGUGAAGUCUUUGAACCAGCACCCCGGGAUUCUGUCGCUCGGCCUGCGGAAGAGCACCGAUCCAAGGACGAAGAAGCCUGUGAUCCGCGGGACACCGUUUGUUGUGCCAGGUGGUCGGUUCAACGAAAUGUACGGCUGGGAUAGUUAUUUCGAGGCCCUAGGGUUGUUGGUCGAUGGCCGUAUCGAGCUCGCUCGCGGAAUGGUGGAAAACUUCAACUACGAGAUCGAGCAUUAUGGCAAGAUUCUCAACGCCAAUCGGUCAUACUAUCUGACGCGAUCCCAACCACCGUUCCUGACCGACAUGAUCCAUCAAGUCGGGCUGAAGCUUCCAGAGAAAGCGUGGAAACCCACAGAAUUGAAAGCAUGGCACGCGCAAGGCUACCGGGCGUCUAUCAAGGAGCUGCUAAGCGUAUGGAUGGCAGCGCCGCGACUGGACGCCAAGACAGGGCUCUGCAAGUUCCAUCCCGAAGGCAUUGGUAUGCCGCCCGAAACGGAAGCGAGCCAUUUCACCCACAUCUUAGAGCCGUAUGCUCACAAGAUGGGUAUACCUCUGGAGGAUUAUAUGCGAAUGUACGACGAAGACGAAAUUCAGGAGCCAGAAUUAGAUCAGUACUUUGUACACGACCGCGCUGUCCGUGAGAGCGGACAUGACACCACGUACCGGUACGAGAAGCGGUGCGCGAACCUGGCCACCAUCGAUCUGAACAGCUUGGUGUACAAGUACGACGUCGAUUUAGAGAGGGUGGGAUACCCAGUAUACCUAGUCGACGACACGCAUUUCACCGUUUACUUCUUCCCAUCAUUCUUCGCCGAACUCGGCGAACGCAUGAAGGAACGGAUCAAUAAGUAUCUGUGGAACCCGGUCGACAAGCUCUACUACGACUACGACUGUGCAGUGCAGGAAAUGAGUGUCUACGAGACCGUUACCUGUCUAUGGGCACUGUGGGCCGGGAUUGCGACACAGGAGCAGGCGAACGCGAUGGUUCCGCGUGCGUUGGAGCUGUUUGAAGUGACAGGGGGUCUGGUGUCUGGAACUGAGGUGUCUCGUGGUCUGAUUUCUCUGGACCGGCCCAACAGGCAAUGGGAUUACCCUUACGGAUGGGCUCCGCACCAAAUCCUCGCCUGGCCCGGCCUUGUCAAGUACGGCUUCGUAGAGGACGCACGUCGUGUUGCGUACCGCUGGAUGUACACCAUCACGAAAAGUUUCGUCGACUUUAACGGUGUCGUACCAGAGAAGUUCGACGUUGUCGACAUGACGCACAAAGUCGAGGUCGAGUAUGGAAACGUCGGUGCCGACUUCCGAUUUGUCGUCCGAGAAGGAUUUGGCUGGAUGAACGCCAGUUUCCAGCUGGGUCUCACCCACCUCACCAAAGGCAUGAAGCGCGCAUUGGGAGCUCUGACACCUCCCGAACAACUAUUCAUCAAGAACGGGCAGAAAGCACACAUCUUCCCAGAUCUCCCCGUUCAAUCGGGGUCAUCGAACCCCAAUUCCGCCUGA